UCUAUUCCCUCCAACAAACACAGAGAGAGAGAGAGAGAGAGAAUAUGGCUGAGAAUGGUACCAACGGCGAUUGCGGCGUCGUUGGCAGCGGCGGAAGAGGAGGAGGAGGAGGAGGAGGGAGAGAAGAUUGCAUAACGAGCCACGUGGAUGAAGGGAGCGCGGAGAGCCACAGGUACUACCUGUCGCGGCGCACCGUUUGGGAAAUGCUGAGAGACCGAGGCUACGUCGUGCCUGACUUGGAGCUCGCUCGCUCUCUCGCCGAGUUCCGCUCCGUCUUCGGCGAUAAACCUGACCUCCUCCGCCUCCGCAUUACUGUCUCUCACUCCUCCAAUCCCUACAAUCGGAUGAUGGUUAUCUUCUGUGGAACCGAGGAAAUCAGAACAGCGUCAGUUCGUAACCUUUAUGCUCAGAUCAUGAGCACAGAACAUCUGAAGGGGCUAAUUCUUAUUCGUGAGAGUAAGAUUAACCAUUUUGCUCGAAAAGGACUGGAAAAAUAUCCGUACAAAGUUGAGGUUUUCCAAAUUACUGACUUGUUGGUUAAUAUUACAAAACACAUUUUGAUGCCAAAACAUGAGAUACUGAAUGCUGAAGGAAAACAAAGGCUGUUAAGUCAGUACAAAGUGAAAGAUACACAGCUACCUCGGAUGCUAGAAACUGACCCUGUUGCACGAUACUAUGGGCUGGAGAAGGGGCAAGUGGUAAAAGUUACUUAUAGUGGCGAAUUUAUUGAUUCACUCGAAACUUACCGUGCUGUUCUGUGAUGCCUCUACUAGAAGAUUGUGACUCCUGCAUUGAUAACAUGCUAAAGUUAUUAUUAGAUAGAGAAUUAGGAUUGCAUUUCAUUAGGCCUACAUUUAUUUUGUCUACAAGUUUACAAUGGCACCGUCACAUGGAAACAAUUUGUAUAGUUGACUAGUUUGCAUAUUACAGGUUUAAAAUGGCAUAGGAAUUUUUAAAUUUGACUUACCCAAAAUAGAAAAAAAGGGUACCAUUGAAUUGAUGUCUUAUGAUGAAGUUUUGUGUGGCACCAUGCUUAUCUGCUUA